AUGGCUCGCAACAGUGAAAAGGCGCAGUCUAUGCUGUAUCGCUUCCGGGCGCAGCAGGCUGCAGACAUGGGCAUCAUUGAUAUCACUCGUACCCGUCGACCAAAAGCCAUCACAAGCAUUGAAGACGUCCCGACAUGCGAGCGCUGGCGCGGCCAGGUCCUAAAGGAAAUUUCGCGCAAGGUGUCGCGCAUUCAAGAACAAAGCCUCAGCGAUUUUCAGAUUCGCGAUCUGAACGACGAAAUCAACAAGCUCAUGCGAGAAAAAUGGGCUUGGGAAAUGCAAAUUCGGAAUCUCGGCGGGCCGAAUUAUACGCGCGGAUCCGGCCGGGUCUACGAUGACGAAGGGCGCGAGAUACCGGGCGGCGGAAAAGGAUAUCGAUAUUUCGGUCGAGCGAGAGAGUUGCCGGGUGUCAAGGAGAUGUUCGAGGCGGCCGCGCGCCGCGGAAAGGGUCCGGCGGAGGAAGACGAGGAUAAUGGCGCCGAUCGCCAGAUGAUUGCGAAUGGGAAGUUCGAUGCUCACUAUUACGGCUAUCUGGAUGAAGAGGAUGGGACACUUCUGGAGUACGAAAGAAAGCGAGAGAAGGAACUCGAAGAGGAAUUCCGUGCCCGUUCCCAGGCUCACAAAGAAGAUGACCCCGAAGAUGGCUGGGAGCCUCUACCGGGUCCGGACUGGCGAAUUCCCACGCUUGAGGAAGUGCAAGAGGAGUUAAUUGAGCGACGGCGCAAGCGGCUCCUGGAAAAGAUUUCUUAG